AUGGCCGCCUGUUCUCAUCGCCACUCAUCAUUUAUGCUAUCAGCGUUCCCUUCGCCACUUCCUUGUCCAUACUCUAACUCUUUCUUUACCAUGGACGCCGUUCUUAAGAAGUAUUUUGGUUUUUCAUCCCUACGACCAUACCAGCGUGAUGUUGUGGACGCAGUUAGAAGGGGUCGUGACUGUUUAGUUGUCAUUGCUACUGGUGGCGGCAAAUCAAUGUGGGUCCGCGAAGAUAUUUGCAAAUCACUUAUCCUACGUGAACCAUUCGUAUUCAUUGGCUCUUUUGAUAGACCUAACUUGUUUUAUGGAGUAAAAUUAAUUAGAUCUGGCACAUGCAGUAACGAAGCAAUUGCUGAGUUGAUACGAGAUGUUCCUCGUCGGGUACAUGAUGCUCUUAAAUCUCUUGGUGUUGAUGCAAAAAUGUAUCAUGGACAGAUGGAUAGUGCUUUAAGAGAGGCUGCACACAAGUUCGUUUUAGUUAUAACCAAAAUUACUCAUUUCUUUGGUUCAUUUAUCUUUCGCUUUCACUUGUUACAUGUAACAAUCAUUUUCAGGUCAUUUGUUACUGACGAGGUAUUUGUCAUGGUGGCCACUAUUGCCUUUGGUAUGGGUAUAGACAAGCCAGAUGUCAGCCGAAGUGAUUUCUCUAGGGGUGAUUUUUAUUGUGCUGCAACUAAUACACAUCUAAACUAUUACAUUAUACAGGAAGCUCAAAAAGAAGUUAUCAUGUCAUCUUUCUUUGCUGCCCAAAGUUAUUGUGUCCUUGCUACAUGCCGUCGCCAACAUAUUCUUAAUUAUUUUGGCGAAGCUGGUGGUGACAAUUGUGGUAAUUGCGACAAUUGCACAUCAAGGGCCGGCAAGGAGAAAGACUUAUCAACCGAGGCUGCGAUGUUGCUUGGUUGUGUCAACGAGUGUGGUGGACGUUGGGGCCUAAACUUCCCUAUCAACGUGCUUAGAGGAUCACAUUGCAAGAAGGUUAUAACCAACAAUUUCCAAAAUUCUGAAUUCUAUGGCCUUGGGAAAUCACGCGAAGCCAACUGGUGGAAAGGUCUAGGUGGAAUUUUAUUAGCCAAUGGUUAUCUUAAUCAAAUCGUCAAUGGGUCAUACAGAUUUGUCAGCAUAUCUGCUGAUGGAGAGAAAUUCCUUCACUCCUACCAUUACUCUGGAUAUCCUCUCAUCUUAAGGGUCAUAGAUGAAAUGUUGUCUGACGAUGAUUACUCCACGUCUAGUGAUCCGGAAAUCGCUCCUGAGCUCAAUUUUCUUUCGAAAGAUGAGAUCUUGCUGUACCAAAUGCUUCUUGAAGCUCGGAAGACAGCUAAAGACAAUCAUGCAGCACCGUAUGGUAUUUGUAGUGAUCAGGUUCUUAGGAAUAUUGCUAAAUAUACUAAAUAUAGGCCGUCGACUCCUGAGAACUUGUCCCUUGUUGACGGAGUCAAUUUGAAUUUUGUCAAUAGGUUCAGUGCUAUUUUUAUACACUAUGUUAAAGAUAUGGCUAAGGAUUUUAAUCUCGACCUUGACAACAUGGAGAUAGAUGGAUCAGAUAAUGAUGUUGAUGCUCCUAUAUCCUCGGAUAAUAUCGGAGAUGAAUCAUGGGAUCUAAUUGAUAAUGAAAGUAAGUUUUUUAAUUCCACCGAGUUAGACUUACCUGAAGGUUCAAUAGAAAGCGAAAUAUUUGACAUCAUCUCCGAUCACAAUGGUUUACGAAUGUCAGACAUGGAUAGUGGAUCCGGUGGUUCUGAUAAACCACGGCGUAGAUGGUUGAGCAGAUUAUCUCAAAACUAUUCAUUGCAUUCACAACAUCCCCACAGAUCUGUCAUUGAUACUACUCCUCUGUCAACCGUGCUUGCAAAUUCAGUUGAUCUAGAUUCUGUUACAUUUCUUACUUCUCCACACAAGGUUUAUCAGGUCAUAUCAGGUUUUGAUGAAAGGAAAAGGAGCAUUGUUGAAUCUAUUGGGUUCGGUGGUCUCCUCUCUCUCCCUGACAUUACUUAUGAGAACAAAUCAUUUUAUUUUUGGUUAUUAAACCGAGUGAAAUGGUAUCAUGGUCAUCUGACUGUUGGCGAUGGGAACAGUUUGUCUAUGACCCCAGAGCACAUUGGCAACAUCAGUGGCCUAAAAUUCUCUGGGAUUGACAUUUCUGAUGAUUCACUAGAAACUGUUGAUGAGAAGUUGGCUUUCAUCAAGUCAAAACUUGCUUUCCUGGAUUAUGGAAAUGGCACUGUUGAAUCAGCAGAAACAUUUGUCCAGCAGGAAUUGCCAAGAGUCUUGAGUAAUGAGCAUUCAGAUAAUUUCAAGAUUGCCUUUGUCAUUUUUGUGAUGGGACGCUUUCUUGCUCCAAGUCCUGACCAUCCUGAUGGUCAUACAAAUUUUUGGGGUGCUCUGCAGAAUCCUGAUGAAAUCCCUUUGUACAAUUGGAGUGCUUAUGUCCUUUCAAAUUUGCUGGACGCCGCACGUUUGGUGAAUUGGGUAAUCCCUUAUCAGAGGUCAUUGAACACAGUUGCUGGUUGUUCGUUAAUCUUACAGGUUUUGCGAUCAAGUAACACAUGUUAUAUGUUCGGGAAUCAACAAAUGAUCAUUGCUGCACCCACUGGUUUUACUCCUUCACCACCACUGUACCUGUCAGAACAAAAGCGUACAAUAAGGGAUCAAACCACAAGUCCUGUGCUCAACAAUCAAGAUAGAACAUAUUAUUCCAACACUCUUUCACCACUACCAACCCUUUUUAAAACUACACCAAGUCUUGGAACCGAUGUGCUAGAUUUUGCUGCUAUAGUCAGGGAGAAGUUCCAAGGAAAGGUCGAUGAUAAAAUUCUUGAUGACUUGAAGCUGUACAAUGCCAGAUGCUUAAAUCAUAUAUACAAGUCAUAUCGCUCGAUGGCAGCUUCUAUUGUCAAAGAAAAUGCCAACAUUGCCAUGAAGUUAUUAGAAAAUAGCAAUUGUUUUUCUACAAGGAACACUUCUGAGCCAGCAAAUAAUAAUUGUGACACCAGACGUAGGAGCUAUAAAGAUUUUCUCAGCGGAACUGAUUCAAGUACAGAAGGUGAAGAUAACAUAAUACACUCCAAGAUGCCAAGGACUAGGAUACCUAGUGUAACUGUUGUAGGCGGCAGCAGCAGCACUAAAAUGCUAAAAGGCAUGAAUAAUUUUCAGCGUCAUCACAGAACUCUAAGUAUCAAUGAUCAAUGUCAAAGCAAGCAACCUGAAAGUGAAUCUCGUCCUAACAGAGAGCACACUACCAUGUUGCAUACAAAUGUUCCUAGAUUUGUUAACAAUGUUGCAUAUCCAUGCUCACUUGCUGUUAAUAGUUCUAAAAAACAAUUUAGAGAGGAGACUGAUUCUAGCAAAAGAUCAGCAGACCAGUCAUUCACUGGUUCUUUCAAGUCAUUAGGAUAUGACACUCCUGGUGCUAAUAGUUCUCGGUACCAAAUCACGUAUGUGGGUUUACAGGAAAAGCAACUUAAUACACCUCCUGGUUGUCCAAGUACAUCUUCUGAUGGUAAUGCUAUUUUUUCAAAUGAGCACACUGACCCUAAGAAAAUUCAAGAAGAUAAGUCACUACCUGGAUCUAUGAAUGCUAGAGGUUUUGACACUCCUCAGGCUACCCUUAAGAUGACUAGUUUUUCACCUAACAUAUCACCAACAACUGAGAAUAGGAUUUACUCUGCUCACCACGGCUAUUUUGCUUCACCUCACUGGUCAAUGAAAUUGAAGCACCCUGAAAUAGACCCAUUCAUCAGCAAUGAGUUUUUUCAGUGGCUAUCUACUACUAGUAUGAAGGACCUGGAUAGAUGGUUACCUAAGUUCACUUCCACCAACUUUGUUGUUUUACGCACUCCUGGAAUAGAUGAAAAUAGGAAUGAUUCUGGUAUGAUUACCUUGUUUUGUUUGUGGAACUUCGCUGGCAGCAAACUUUCCAUCGAUUGUACUCAGAGUAACCUCAACCAGUUCAGAUCAUACCUCUUGUACCAGCUGCUGGAAAUGAAUGAUAACAGUGGUUGGUCUCCCAGUACCUUUGUCAAGAUUAUCGACUGA